AUGUGUGUUCAACGAAAAGUUACCAUCACCCAAAGCGACCAGAACCUGCAGUGUAGCACCCCAUUCAUUCAGUAUAAGAAGGUCUCCUUUCGAGUGCUUUUGAUUCGACGCCCGGACUUUAAUCUGUGCUGCCCAAGUCCAAUGGCUACAUCCAUGGCGGCCAGCACUUCGGCCGGCACCCAUUCUUUGACCUUUUGUUGGCACAGCUGGCGCUUCUGUGUUAAGCCAGCAUCAGCCCCCUUGCAACAGGAGGGCUUCUUCAAUGUAUGUCACAUUGUGCCGCUGUCCUCCGUGUCUGCCAGCUAA